AUGGGUCAAAGUAAAGAAGUUAUCAUCAUUGGAGCUGGCAUUUCCGGCUUGGGAAUGGCCAUUCAGUUAAAACGACUACUUGGUCACGAUAACUUCACCAUCUACGAGAAAUCAGACAAUAUUGGCGGAACAUGGUGGCACAAUCGCUACCCUGGAUGUGCCUGCGAUAUCCCUAGUCAUUUCUAUUCUUACAGCUUUGCACUGAAAUAUGACUGGACUACGAUGUUUCCUGGUCGUGAUGAGCUCCAUCAGUACUUCUUCUCUGUUGCUGAAAAGUACGACAUACUCCCCCACUGCCGGUUCAACGCCAUGUGCGUUAGUCUAGUCUGGGAUAAUCUGCGUUCUCUAUGGAACUGCACCUUCCAAGACACUAUCUCUGGAGAAACAUUCAAGAAAGAGGCCCCUGUUGUGGUCAGCGCUAUUGGAACGCUUGACCGGCCUUACAUUCCGAAUAUCGAAGGGUCAGAGUCGUUCCAGGGUGAGGUCUUCCAUAGUGCAAGGUGGAAUGACUCCUUCAAACCUGAGGGGAAGAAGAUUGUGGUCCUAGGAAAUGGAGCCUCCGCUACUCAAUUUGUUCCGGAGCUAGUUAAGGAUGUUGGGCCCCAGGGAUCAGUAACACAGUUUGUACGAAGUGCCCACUGGUGGACCAAACGAGUUAGUAAUUCCUUUAUAACAUGUCAUAGACCUAUUCGCGAUGCAUCACUAAGCCGUUCAACGCAGGGUAAUCCGAAAUACUCGGAACGAUUCAAGCUGGUUCUGAAGCAUGUUCCCUUCGCAGCGAAGGUCUACCGUAUCAUACUCGCAUGGCAACUAGAAAGAGUCUUUUCUUCAUUUUACAUGAACAGCAAUGGCGCUGCUAUGCGCCAAAAGAUUCAUGACGCUACCUACUCGUUCAUUGAAAGUGACGCGCCGCCCCAGUACCACGAAAUUCUCAAGCCAAGAUACGAACCUGGAUGCAAACGUCGGGUCAAUACUGCUUCCUACAUGGUUUGUCUACACUCGCCACAGAUGAUUCUGACCGAUAAUUCUGUGGUGAAGGUAGGACCGGACUACGUAGAGACCAAAAGUGGGGACCGUCAUGUAGCCGAUGCAAUCAUCUACGCAACGGGCUUCCAAACUCAGAAGUGGCUAUUUCCCAUGCAGAUUAAAGGGAUUAACGGCCAGGAUUUGCACCAAGUCUGGGAUGCUGCCAGCGGCGCUGAGGCGUACAAAGGCACUGUGGUGAGCGGGUUUCCCAAUUUCUUCAUUCUAUAUGGUCCAAAUGCCGCAACUGGUCAACACUCUGUUAUCUUUCAUUCGGAAUGUCAGAUUAACUAUUCGUGUCGUCUUCUUCGGCCUGUUUUGAAGGGCAAGGCCGACUCGAUUAUGGUCAAACUUGAAGCGCAACAACAAGACCUAUCUUGGGUCCAUGACAAGUUGAAGCAUCUUGUGUUCAACAGCGGCUGCCAGAGUUGGAUCUUGUUCCAAGAAUUCGUCGAUUUCGCGCCAUUUCCCCUCCGAAAUGUGAACGGCCUUCUCUCGCACGUUUUUAUUACAAGCAUCAUCGUUCUUGAGACGAUUAAUUGUAUCUCGAACCCAAUGGUGACAAUUUGA